AUGGCGAGCGAGGAAGUAAUCCAUAAGGUCCAGAAUCUUAUAGAGCGCUGCCUUCAGAUGUACAUGGACCAGAAAGAAGUGGUUGAUGCCCUCUCUCACCACUCAAAGAUAGAGCCUUGCAUUACUGAACUUGUUUGGCGACAACUUGAGCAACAAAAUCCUUUGUUUUUCAAGGCAUACAAUAUGAGGCUAAGGCUUAAGAAUCAAAUCAUGGUCAUCAACAAGCUUCUUCAGGAUCAGUUCGCGGUUAUGAAUAACGAUUUUUCUUCAGGGAUCCCUUCUAUGUGUCUUCCUAAUGGCUCUAACUCCAACCUAUUGAAGCAAAAUCCAUGCUUUUUGCCAGAGACUGCUCCUGGAUCUGCAAUGCCAGAUGGUAUAAUGCACAAUGGAAGUUCAAGUGGUAUAAUAAAUGGCACACCAUCUGGCAAUCAAUUGCUUAAUGCUAGUAAAGACUUGCACGGUCUUCAUAAUGGAAUAGAUGCUUCAGCUAGUCUACAGUCAGACCAGAAUGCAACUGCUGUGCUGUAUGGUGUAGACAAUGAGACAAGUGCAACAAUAAAGACUGAGUCUUGCUAUUCGAGUAAUGCUGAUUUUGCUUUCUGUGGGAAUACUUUCCUGGAAUCAUGCCAGUCAAUAGGUGAUGCAUCUGGUGGUGGAUCUUUUAGUAGCUCAGAGUUGAAUGGGCAACCACUGAAUGAUUCGAUCUUGGAUAUGGAAUCAUCAUCAUUUAGCUUCUUGAACCAAAUGCCCCAAAACUUCAUCUUUUCAGACUUGACAGACGAUUUCAACCAAAGUGCAGACCAUGAGUUGUACUAUUGUAUAUGCCGCUUCCCACUAUCUGAAUUGGCAGAAGGGUUGAUGAGGUGGGAAUCGAGUCUGUCGGCCACUGGAUAG